UAUUAAUACGGAAAAAAUCUAGUGUAAACAAAUACGCAAUAAUUUUACAAAGGCUUACGUAGAAAGAAUUCCCCAGAUUCUGGGAACUCAGUUUGUGCAUGCAUGCAUGUGCACUAUUACGUAGCCUCGAUUCCAGGCCGCGAAGAGAAAAGCGGCUUGCAUGCGCAUGCGCGAAAUAAUUGACAGCAAUUUCAUGACACAAAAGAAUGUUCAUGACCGCAAUGGCAAUUUUCAGAGACACAAAUUAAAGUAGAAUAAUUAUGCUGCAGCAUGCAGUGUUGCUUCUUCUAGCUCUGUUUAUCAGUUCAAGGAGGCCUUCCAGACAGCUAGAGCUGCCAACUAGGAAGAGUGGUGGACUUUUUAAUACAUUGAUCAGUAGAACUUCCUGAGUGUUGAGUCUAAGCUUUGUAUUAAAAGCUUUCAGGAGUGAUCAUUAGCUUCUUUAUCUUCAGCAAUGACUUCUUGUUGAACAUAAAGAGAUUUGGCAGCAGAAGACCAUAUUACCACAGCCUCAUCAGGGGACCCACAGGAACACAUCAUACCUUUCCUAUAACAUCUGUAACCAUACAGUGAGACUUAUCUCAAAUAAAGGGAGUAAGCCAAAGCAGGACUUGUCAUCUUUGCACAAUUAAUACUUCUAUGUAAUGAUGUAACACGGACUACAACUUCAGAAUACGAACGCGACCAAGAAAGCCAAGAAAAACAAGAGAGAGAGACCUGUGCUGUGAGAGACUUAGACUAGACUGAGACUGUGCUGACUCAGUGAAUUGAACUUGAGAGAGAGACCUGUGCUGUGAGAGACUUAGACUGAGACUGAAUUGAACUUGAGAGAGAGACCUAUACUGUGAGAGACUUAGCCUGAGACUGUGCUGACUGAAUUGAACUUGAGAGAGAGAUUUGAGAUUUGUACCCUGUGAGAGAGCAGAAGGAUCUUUGUUUUUUUGUUUGUCCUUGUGUUGCCCCACAUCAGCAUACGUCCAUCCGAAUUGCCGUUUCUUUAUUUUUUAUUUUUGGUGUAGAUCCAGUGAAGUGCCGUGAAGGAUUAUUGUUUGGUUUCGUUUUGGUUUCCUUUUAAUUUUGAUUUUGGUUCCUUUUGUUUAUUUUAUUUAUUUAUUUAUUAUUUAUUAUUUUUUUGAGUUGACUCUGACUCCGAAGUGUGAGAAAGAUCGAGAAAGAUUGAAUUCUGCCUGGAAAAGCCAAAUCAUGGUGCAGUGCUGUAGAUGCAACAGAACCGGCAUGUGCAAAGGUUGCUCCUGUGUGAAAGCAGGCAAUAAAUGCUCCAACUGUCUGCCAAGUAAGCUGGGGAACUGCCAAAACAGCUCUCCCAAAUCUGCUUCCAGCGUGGAUGUUCCAGUCGUACUCCACCUAACCGACUCAGCGAAUUUGACCACUCAAUCAAUACCACUGUCACCACAAACAUUACUGGAUCUGGAAGAGGGAGACCACAUAUCUAGUUCAGGCACAAGCUACAGCAACUCUCCCACCCCGCCAACUACGAGCAAUGAACAGAGAUCAUACCCUAUGCUACCAAACUUCUUACCGAUAAGCACCCCCAAUUUUACAUGGGGUAUCCACAGUGCCACAGAUUUCACUCAAAUAAUUGAAGCAACGUACUCAGAAGUUGUACACUGGAGACCAAACUAUUUUACUAUACCACUAGGCAAAGUUGGGAAAGAAUUUGUGCGAGAGCUCUCUAGGCUAUUCUUAGCCUUUGCCACAGAAUCUUCGAUGGAGUCAAUCGCCCUUCGGGCUGCCACCGUACUGCCUAUCCUGCUUCUUCAAAAACCAAGUCAAAGGAACACAUCACAUGCCUGGAUAGAAGGCUGAGAGUUUGGAAGAAUGGUGACUUAAAUGAAUUAGUAUUGGAAGGUAGGGCCUUACAGAAUCGCCUACCAAAGACCUAUCCCCCCACAGCCAAACAGAACCUCUCACGUUCCUUUGCCAAGCUGAUGUUUGCCGGAAAAAUAAAGGCCGCAUUGGAUCUGCUAUCGAACAAUGGGGAGAAAGGUGGCACUCUUCAUCUGACCGAUCCAUCAGACCCAAACAUCCAAGACUCCCCCACAGUCAGAGAAGCACUGAACAGCAAGCACCCUCUGGGCCAACCGGCCAGAACAGAAUGCAUCAUAAAUUCCGAUCCCCCAAC